AUGAUCAUUCAGGAGAAAGCAAAAAGUUUGCACGAGGAUUUGCAGAAAGAACAAGGUGCAAGUUCUGAUGCAAAACCUUUUCAGGCGAGUAAAGGAUGGUUUGAAAGGUUUAAGAAGAGCCUUCAUUUGCAUAACAUUACGAUGGUCGGUGAAGUUGCUAGUGCUCAUGCAGAAGCUGCAUGUAAAUAUCUGGAAGAACUGAAGAAAAUUAUUGCUGAAGGCAGCUAUAUACCAGAACAAGUGUACAAUGUGGAUGAAACCGGACUUUUUUGGAAGCGCAUGCCUGCUAGGACGUUCAUUUCCAAAGAAGAAAAGUCGGCACCAGGUUUUAAAGCUUCAAAAGAUCGUCUAACUCUUCUUUUGGGAGGAAAUGCUGCUGGUGAUAUGAAAUUAAAGCCUCUUCUUGUGUACCACUCUGAAAAUCCAAGGGCUUUCAAGGGCUACGCCAAGCCUAAACUACCAAUGACUUGGCGUUCAAACAAGAAAGCUUGGAUGACCAUGAGCCUUUUUCAAGACUGGUUCACAAACUAUUUUGCCCCUGCUGUUGAGAGGUACAGUAACAAGCGUAAUAUAUCCAAGAAAGCUUUGCUCCUCUUAGAUAAUGCACCCAGCCACCCAAAUAACCCGAAUGAUCUUUCUGGUAAUGUACGAGUGGAAUAUAUAUCCAAGAACACAACUGUCUUGCUCCAGCCAAUGGAUCAAGGUGUGAUUGCAAACUUUAAGGCAAGGCCUAUUACCUAA